AAUCUCUGCAUUUUCCCCGCCCGUCUCUUGCGACUGUCCACUUGUUGUCUCCACCAUUUGUCGGUGGAUAGGGCGCAACCUGAGUGCUCGGACAUCUAUUUCGUCUUAAUUCUCCUUCAGUGGACUAUUUUGCGGCCAUGUCAUCCUACACCCCGCAGACGGAUCUCUCCGUUGAAAGAUUUCGCCUCGAUGGAAUGAUGUUAUUGUGUACGUGCUACGGCAUAUUCUUUCUCCUUACAGUGCAAGCCUGGAUGGCUCUUAUGCAACGGCCUCGACAUGGGGGGAAAAUUGCAGAUAAUCGUCUCGCGCUUCUUUUCUAUGUCUUCAUCACGUUCGUAUUGGGGACGAUAAGUUUUCUUAUGAACGCAAGGUAUACAGAGAUGAUUUGGAUUGAUCUUCGUGAUGCGCCUGGUGGUCCGCUCGCGCUAAUCGAGGACUACAUGAAUUAUCGUAUCAACUUUGUAGCGCUUGCCACUGGUCACAUUCAGGAGUGGUUCAUGCAAGUUCUACUUCUCCACCGAUGUUUUGUGAUAUGGAAUUGGUCAAGAUGGGUGAUGGUCCCGAUGAUCACGCUCUAUGUUGCCAUGAUCGCAUUCUCCAUCAUCGUCCUGGUCGAGGCGGGUAGUGGUGUUGCAUUUUACAACAUUGUCAUGGAGCUUGCCUACCUCUGUGUCGAAGUAGGGCUCACCGUGAUUUAUACUGUCCUCGUGAUAAAUCGCUUGUUCGUCAUGCGAGGGCGUAUGAAGCAGGUCGUAGCCCAGUAUGAUUCAAGCACAUACAAUACCAUCGCUCUCAUGGUCGUCGAGUCCGCAGCGUUAUACACUGUCUUCGCUAUUGCUUUCAUAGUUGCCUUUGCUACGUACUCUAACGGUCUCACCACUCUCUGUUUCCUGUCUAUUGGCAAAAUACAGGGCAUUGCCCAAUUGUUCAUCAUCAUUCGUGUUGCACGGGGGCGGGCAGUUACACACGAGUGGUCGACCCGAACUCCCGCAAUACCUACAGUCAUGGCAUUCUCAAGUACUGUAUCCGACUUCACAGGGAUGACCGACAAUGAACGAAUAGGAAAUCCAGAGCAGAACGUCGUUCAGUUGUAUGCUGAUUCAGAGAAGGCGACGGAAGUUACUGUGUCUACAGCGGCAUGACAAUAGUUAAUAUUUGAUUUAUACCUAGUGAAUGCAAUUAUCUUCAUUUGCGCUGCGG